GACUUUAUGGAAAAAGGCUACUCAUUGUACUUGAUAAUGUGCUUCACAGCUAUGAACUUUUAGAAGUAUGGACAUAUAAUCAUUAUAGGUUCAGCAAAGGAACUGUAAUAAUAAUUACAACAAGCGAUGAAAACCUACUGAUGGGCCAGCCGACAUAUUCUAUGUUUCGGAUAGAGCGAAUGAACGCAGAGGAGUCCCUUGAGCUUUUUAGUUGGCACGCAUUUAGAGAACCAAAACCAAAGGAAGAAUACGAAGACCUUGCAAGAAGAGUAGUUAGUUAUUGUGGAGGACUACCACUAGUUCUUGAAAUCAUUGGAAGUAGUUUAUUUGAAAGGACGGAAGAAGAAUGGCAUCGUGUACUGUUUGCGAUAGAUGGCAGGCAUCGUGUUUCAGAGAUAAUAAAAGUAAGCAUCGAAGGUUCACUCAAUGAAAUGGAAAAAUAUAUAUUCGUUGAUGUAUGUUGUUUGUUUGUCGGUAAGAGCAGAGCCUAUGUUAGGAAGAUCCUAAAGGGCUGUGGAGUAGAUGCUGAUAUUGCAAUAAGAGUUCUCAUCCAGCGUAACCUCAUCAAAAUUGACAACAACAAAAAAUUUCGAGUGCAUCCUUUGCUACAAAAUAUCGGAGGACAAAUUAUUCAUGAAAAAGUAGUAGGAGAUUUUGAGAAGAACAGGCCACCGUCAAAAUAUGUAAGAACAUUCUUUACAUGUGGUUUGAAACUUCUUUUAAAAGCGUUUUCUUUCAGCUGUGCAGUACAACUUUUUUUUUUUUAUUUGCUUUUUUCAUCACAGGAGACAGAAGCCCUGCAGUGGUUGCCUGCGAAACUGCUCGCUGCCAUCGAAAGUGUGCAGCCGACUUUAAAUUCUCAGUACCUUUUUAAGAAACUAAGAUGGAUCAGUUCGUAUGGGCUUUCUUCAGAAUGUCUGCCUAACAACUUCUAUUGGGAUGAUGCAACAGUGAUUGAUUUGAAACGAAGUCUUCUUCAAUUUCUCUGGAAAACACCCCAGGUUUUGAGAUCGCUAAAAGUCCUUAACCUCAGUCACUCCACGGAUUUAACUACAACCCCUGACUUUACCGGAUUACCAAGUCUUGAACACCUCAUUUUGAAAUAUUGUUCUAGAUUGCGCAAACUACACCAAUCUAUUGGAUCACUCAACAGUCUUAUCCUACUAAAUUUGAAAUUCUGUACAAGUCUAAACAAUCUUCCAACAGAGAUAUAUGAGUUGAAAUCUUUAAGAACCUUCAUUCUCUCUGGUUGUUCCAAGAUUCACAUAAUGGAUAAAGAUAUAGCAAAGUUGGAAUCCUUGAUAACUCUAAUUGCUGAUACACCUGUCAAACAUGUGCCUUUUUCAAUUGUAAGCUCAAAAGGCAUUGGAUAUAUGUCCCUACUAGGAUUUGAGGGAUUAUCUUAUAAUCUUUUUCCUUCUAUCAUUCGGUCCUGGAUGUCCCCAACAAUGAAUUCCAUUUCUUAUAUUCAUUCGUUUUGCAUGGAUAUCGAGGAUAAUACGAUUGAUAUUGCACCAUUGCUUUGCACCCUUGCACAUAUUCGAAGUGUUUUGGUAGCAUGUGAAACCGAAUUUCAACUAUCUAAGCAAGUGACAAAUAUUUUGGUUGAAUAUUUUGCGAAUAUUACAGAAUUAGGAAUUUCAAAGCAGCACUUGAGGUGUUCUCUGAUUGGUGUUGGAGCAUACCAUCAAUUCUUAAAUGCUAUCAGUGAUAACAUAUAUGAGCUAUUGGGAAGUAGUGAGUCUGGAGAUGUUUGUCUCCCAACUGUGAAUGAUCCUUAUUGUAUGGCCCAUAUGGGUGAGGGACACUCUGUUUCUUUCACUGUGCCUGAAGAUCGUGACAUGAAAGGAAUGGCUUUGUGUGUUGUUUAUUUAUCAAAUCCUAAAAUCAUUGAACCUGAAUUUACUACUGUCAUAAUUGUUAAUUACACAAAGUGUACAUUCCAGAUACACCACCAUGGCACAGUAAUUUCUUUUAGAGAUGAAGAUUGGCAUGACAUAAUGUCAAAUUUAGAAUCUGGAGACAAUGUGGAAAUUUUUGUGAAUUUCGGUAAUGGAUUGGUGGUAAAGAACACAACAGUGUAUCUGAUAUGGGGUGAAGCAGAGAACAUGGAAAAAGCGUCUGAGCCAAAAAAACAUUCUCUCAUUAGAUUCGUAAAGAAAGUUGUAAUGUGACUUCUGAUAAGUCAUUUAUUUAUGUUCUUUGAG